AUGAAGGACCCCGUCCAUCGAACGGCUUCUCCUUUCUUGAACUCUCUCGUUCAAGCUCCUCGUUCCAGCAUUGCAUCUUCCUAUCAUCUGAGAAACGUCGACGCCUACAACAAAGCAACAUUUGCAACCAUGAUUCACAACAACGUCAACAAGACCUCGCUGCACCCCAGUGGUGUCCAGUAUGCGAACCCUACGUCCCUGACCCGGAAGAACUAUAGAGGCAGCCCCCCUCUGCCGCCAGUUCGUCAUGUUGGAGGAACUAACAGCGUGCUUUCACCAACUAGGGCACAUAUCCCCCAUGAACACACUGAACUAGAGGAGGAAUUGCACGAGAAGGCACACAUCGACUACGACAGGGUCGCUAUUAUUCCUAACCCGUCGGUUCCGGCACUGUAUGAGGAUGCAUUGGUGUACGAGCCCGGCUCGGCCAUAUCAUCAACGGGUGCCCUCACGGCGUACUCGGGUAACAAGACUGGUCGCUCACCCCUAGACAAGCGAAUCGUCAAGGAGCCGACAUCAGAAAAUGAUAUCUGGUGGGGACCCGUUAACAAGCCCAUGAGCCCUGAGGUCUGGAAGAUCAACCGUGAGCGCGCCAUCGACUACCUCAACACCAGGAGUCGUAUCUACGUUGUCGACGGAUAUGCUGGAUGGGACGAGAAGUACCGGAUCCGGGUGCGCGUGGUUUGCGCUCGUGCCUACCAUGCCCUCUUCAUGCGCAACAUGCUCAUUCGCCCGCCGCGUGAGGAGCUCGAGCACUUCCAGCCUGACUACACCAUUUACAACGCCGGAACCUUCCCCGCCAACAGGUAUACCGAGGGCAUGACUUCGGGAACCUCAGUCGCCAUCAACUUUGCCGAGAAGGAGAUGGUCAUCCUGGGCACCGAGUACGCUGGCGAGAUGAAGAAGGGCAUUUUUACCGUUUUGUUCUACGAGAUGCCCAUCAAGCACAACGUGCUCACGCUGCACUCGUCUGCGAACGAGGGCAAGAACGGAGAUGUCACACUCUUCUUUGGCCUCUCGGGAACAGGCAAGACCACGCUCUCGGCUGACCCCAACCGCAUGCUUAUUGGUGAUGAUGAGCACUGCUGGAGCGACAGCGGUGUCUUCAACAUUGAGGGUGGUUGCUACGCAAAGUGCAUCGGUCUCUCGGCCGAGAAGGAGCCGGAUAUCUUUGGCGCCAUCCGGUUCGGCUCAGUCCUGGAGAACGUCGUAUUUGACCCCAACACCAGGGUUGUCGAUUACGAUGACAGCACCUUGACUGAGAACACCCGCUGUGCUUACCCCAUCGAGUACAUCUCCAACGCCAAGAUCCCCUGCCUCUCCAACAACCACCCCAGCAACAUCAUCCUCCUCACCUGCGAUGCCCGUGGUGUUCUGCCACCGAUCUCCAAGCUCAACAGCGCCCAGACCAUGUUCCACUUCAUCUCGGGUUACACAUCCAAGAUGGCCGGUACUGAGGAUGGUGUCACAGAGCCCCAAGCCACCUUCUCGUCAUGCUUUGCGCAGCCAUUCCUGGCCCUUCACCCGAUGCGCUACGCCAAGAUGUUGGCAGACAAGAUCGAGCACCACAACGCCAACGCUUGGCUGCUCAACACCGGUUGGGUCGGUGCCGGUGCCGCUCAGGGCGGUAAGCGCUGCCCUCUCAAGUACACCCGCGCCAUUCUCGACGCCAUCCACUCCGGCGAGCUCGCCAAGCAGGAGUACGAGACAUAUGAGGUGUUCAACCUUCAGGUGCCCAAGAGCUGUCCUGGCGUGCCUUCGGAGCUGCUCAACCCCAAGGCCGCCUGGACCGCUGGAAACGACAGCUUCGAUAUCGAGGUCAAGAAGCUCGGUGGCCUGUUCCUUGAGAACUUCAAGAAGUACGAGAGCGAGGCUACUGAGGAUGUUGUCAAGGCUGGUCCCGUUGUUUGA